UCCACAGUAAGGAAGUGAUACUAAUACACUUUCUUGAGUCUGUAGUAACUGCGAGCUCGUUGUCUUAGUGAUUUUCUUUGUGAAUUUUUGCCAGUUAGUUUUAUGUUUUAUAAAUCAGAAACCUCAUAAGACGCUGGUUUGAAAUAUGAAGUCUUUAAAUCCGAGUUUUAUUUUUAGUUUAACUCUACUCAGCUCAAGCGUUGGAUUCUACCUUCCGGGUUUAGCGCCAGUCAGUUUUUGUGAGAAAAACUCGAAGGGAGAUGCGGGGGAAUGUCAGUCUGAGAUACAGCUGUUUGUGAAUAGACUGGACUCUGUGGAAUCAGUCCUGCCUUACGAAUAUGAUGCGUUUAACUUUUGCAAAGACGAGAAUGAAAGAAGGCCCUCAGAGAACCUUGGGCAGGUGUUGUUUGGAGAAAGAAUAGAGACAUCACCUUACAAGUUUUCAUUUAAGGCUGACAAGGCAUGUGAGAAGGUCUGCACCAUAGUGUAUGAAAAUACAAAAGAAGACAAGUUAAAGUUGGACUUUCUAAAGAGAGGAAUGGAGCUGAAUUACCAGCACCACUGGAUUGUUGACAACAUGCCCGUAACAUGGUGUUAUUUGGUGGAAGACGGGCAGCAAGUCUGCAACCCAGGAUUUCCCAUUGGAUGUCUAGUAAACCAAGAAGGAAACCCAAAGGACGCCUGUGUUAUCAAUGCUGACUUCAACAGAAAGAACACUUACUAUGUUUUCAACCAUGUGGACAUCACCAUAAGUUACCACAGCGAAGAUGAAACGACUGGGAUGGGAGCUCGACUUGUGGCGGCUAAACUGGAACCUAAGAGCAUCAAGCAUGGUGAUAAUGAUCAUCCGACCUGUGAAGGUGCUCCCAUGGACAUUCCAGCAGAUUCCAGCAGUAGUCUCAAAGUGACCUACACUUAUUCAGUUAAAUUUGAGCAAAAUAAUAACAUUAAGUGGGCUUCUCGAUGGGAUUACAUUUUGGUUUCCAUGCCUCACAGCAACAUCCAGUGGUUCAGCAUCAUGAACUCUUUGGUUAUUGUGCUCUUCUUGUCUGGCAUGGUGGCCAUGAUCAUGCUUAGAACACUGCACAAGGAUAUUGCCCGGUACAACCAGAUGGACCAGGCAGACUGGGUUAAGAUCCCUCCAGCUGCAAACAUUACCUAUGAGGAGGCCCAGGAGGAGUCUGGCUGGAAGCAGGUUCAUGGUGAUGUGUUUAGGCCUCCCAAAAUGGGCAUGCUUCUGUCUGUCUUCCUCGGACAGGGCUGUCAGAUCUUCAUCAUGACCUUCAUCACCCUUUUCUUGGCCUGUCUGGGCUUCCUGUCUCCAGCCAACAGAGGGGCUCUCAUGACCUGUUCGGUGGUGUUGUGGGUUUUGCUUGGCACACCUGCUGGAUAUGUGUCUUCCAGACUCUAUAAGACUUUCGGUGGUGAAAAAUGGAAAACAAAUGUCCUUCUCACCGCCCUUUUGUGUCCUGGGAUUGUGUUUGUGGACUUUUUCCUGAUGAAUCUGAUCCUGUGGGUAGAGGGCUCCUCUGCUGCUGUUCCCUUUGGUACACUCGUGGCCAUCCUGGCGCUGUGGUUUGGCAUCUCUGUUCCUCUCACUUUUUUGGGUGCAUACUUCGGCUUCAAAAAACCAGGCAUCGAGCCUCCUGUGAGAACAAACCAGAUCCCACGCCAAAUUCCUCAGCAGUCAUUCUUCACCAAACCUGUGCCGGGCAUUAUCAUGGGUGGCAUCCUGCCCUUCGGCUGCAUCUUCAUCCAGCUCUUCUUCAUCCUCAAUAGCAUUUGGUCUCAUCAGAUGUAUUACAUGUUUGGCUUCCUCUUCCUGGUCUUCAUCAUCCUGCUCAUUACCUGCUCUGAGGCCACUGUUCUGCUCUGCUACUUCCAUUUAUGUGCAGAGGAUUAUCAUUGGUGGUGGCGAUCAUUCCUGACCAGCGGUUUCACGGCAGUCUAUCUGUUUGUCUAUGCAGUGCAUUACUUCUACUCAAAACUACAAAUUAUAGGGAUGGCAAGCACCAUCCUCUACUUUGGCUACACCUCGAUCAUGGUGCUCAUUUUCUUCAUUUUCACAGGUACUAUAGGCUUCUUCGCCUGCUACUUGUUUGUAAAUAAAAUCUACAGUGUGCUGAAAGUGGACUAAGGGAAGGACUUUUUGGAGAUCACAUCAACUUUUUACAGAUCAGCUUUCAUGUUGAAUUUUAAAGAGACAUUUAAAUGAAGGGAGGAAUCAGAGGAUUUUUGUUUUCCUGAUCUGCUGGUGUGUGGCUCAAUUGUAAUUCAAUGAUCUGCAGUAUGUGUGCGUGUGAACUCCAAAGACCCCAUUUCAGUGCUUUAUUUAUCUCGCAUUGCCUAUGACUUUAUUCCAGCUAAACCCACUGUGAUGAGAGCAGAAGCCCAUAUCUUUAAACAUUAAGUUCUUUUUAUGCUUUUACUUUGACUGGGGUGUAUGUUUUACUUGCUUUGUUUUAUUUCAUCAUCAAUUCAUUGUGUAUAGAAUUUGUUUUGAAAGACCAGAUGGGACACAGAUUGGGGUGCAGUCAUAUUUACCUUUGUAUGGUGAAAUUCUGUGGGCUUAAUGCGGUCGUGUUAAUAGAAAACCAGGCAAUAUUGAAUUUCACAUCAGAUUCAAAUUUGUUCAUUUGAAACACUCAAAUUCACUGCUUAGUUUGAACCUGUGAGUAAGCAGUGUCGCUACACUGAUGAAAAUGUAUAAUGGACCUUCUUUGCCCAUCAAAACUACCAUUUUACUGUUGCUAACCUAAAUUUCGCAGGCAAAACCCAGUCAUUUCAAUAGGAAUCUGUACGAUCUGGAGUUUAAUGUAAAGGCAAAAAGGUAUCUCACCCAGGUUUCUCUCAUGUUCACAACAGAAAGAUGUUUGACUUCAGUAUGAGCAGUGCUUCAUACAUAUGUACACUGUUUACAAUGGCCAUGUUUACGCUAAUGUGACUGCACUAGUUUGACAUUAACCGCUUCUCAAGCAAAACUUGCUCUGGCAAUAUCCAGUAAUUUCAAAUAGAAUCCAUGCAAUCAGGAGUUUCUCGUGUGGCUGAAAAAGUACAUAUUUAGCUUGUGUUGAAGUUGGCCAUGCUAAUUUUCUGUGUUGACCAAAAAAAGCAGCUUGAUUUGAAAGUGAAUUCUAUGUGAGCGAUACAUCGCUACGUUACUGACAAUGAAUCUCCGCAGCCGCAAAUUUCACUAAUGUGACCGCAGUAACCAGACCACAGUAACCUCUCUAAUUUCACCUAUUGGUGGAUAUCAGUAAUAAUUGUUACUAUGUUUUUAAUAGAAUACAACUAUUUUGUUCCAUGCGUUGUAUAGUUUUAUUUUGCUGACAAAUUUGCUUUUAUGGAGUAUGGAUCCCGGGAAAUGGGAUGGUUAAGAAGAACUUUUUUUGCUUGAUGGUGGAUUUUUAUACAAGUAAUAAUAUCUAAAUAAUGGGAGCUAUUUAGUGAUUUUGUUCUUUGUAAAUUAUUUAAAUGUCAUUACUUAAAACAGGUGUACACAUCUUUUUUCAAUAACUUUAAUUUGAAACCCACAGAAUGUACUGAUCAAGUCUUAUGAGGUAUACAUAAACAUUCUUCACCAUGUUAUAACAAAAGAAAAAUAAAGCACAAAGUACAUUACAAAAAA